GAUGCACUGACUAUGUGUUUUUUGGAACGAAGACUAUUGGUGUUGGAGAAAAUGUGACCCUGACAUGUGCGCGCCCAACAUCUGAAUAUGAAACAACCUUGUAUUGGAUCAGGAUUGUUUCUGGAAGCUGGCCUGAAUUCUUGGGAGGAACAUUUACCUUUGAUUAUGACGGUGUUAACACCACUCCUCACAUUACAGCAAAGCAAGAACCUGGAACCUUUAUUCUGGAAAUAAGUCAAACUAGGCUAAGUGACACUGGUCUUUAUUACUGCAUAAAAGUGGACCAACUGGACAUGGAAUUUUUAAAUGCAACAUUUUUAAAAAUUAAAGGGCCAGAGACGGCUAUCACUGACAUCAUUCAGGUGCCUCAAUCUGGUCCCCUCCAUCCGGGAAACCCAGUGACUCUGCAGUGUUCAGUCCUCUCUAACCCAGAGAACAGUGCAUGUCCUGGAAAUGACAGUGUGUUUUGGUUCAGCAGUAGAUCUGAUAACUCUCACCCCAACUUGAUUUAUGCUGAUGGAAACAGUGAUGAAUGUGAGAGGAGUCCAGAGGCUUCCUCCACACAGAAAUGUGUCUACAGCUUCUCUAAGAACGUCAGCUCCUCUGAUGCCGGGUCGUACUACUGCGCUGUGGCCACAUGUGGACAUAUAAUCUUUGGAAAUGGAAUAAAACUGGACGUUAAAGGUAAAUUUGAAGAAUGCUAUAAUAAUUUAGAAUAG